AUGGCCACAGGGGAAGAUGUCUGGGACUCUCUCCCAGAGGGGGAGCAAAAGUCUGUUUGGGAUGAGACAGAACGCAAUUUUUGGGUUAAUCUUCGCACCAAGAAGGAUGCAGAAAACAAAAAGAUUGAGAAGGAUUUCCAGCUCUCGAUUAACGAAGUCAGGUUGAAACUCAGUGACCUUACAGGACUGCGAAGUCAACUAAAAGAAUCUCAAUCUCGACUGGCCAGGGAACUCGCCAAAGUUGAGGCUGAAUUGGCAUGCACCACGGAUGAGUGCGAGGAGAAGGCCAGUCGACUUGAGCGCAUUGAGCAGGACUACCGCGCGUCGCGCCAGAAGAGAGCAGAAACGCUCCAUGAUAUUUGGUUCAAAAUGCGUCGAUUCUUUAGACAAAAAAGAGGAGAUGAUCCUGAUAUCCCAGACCAUCUUGGACCAGAAUCAGAAGGCAUUGUUCUACCCGAAAUGUUACCAGAGGUAUCCUCGGGCUUUAAUGGAACGACCCCACAAGUAGAGCCCACUAAUGGAACUGCAGUGGUAGCAGAGAGACCUGAAGAAGAGGAAGAAGAAGAAGACGACGACUGCAUCAUCGUCGGCGGGGAUCCCUUCCAGAAGUGUGGCAACUAUGAGUGGAAUCGCCAGGGAUGCCAUGGUUCCUCAGAGAACGUCAUUGACAUACUGGCCUCGAGGGAGAGGGCACAACGGAAGAAGAAGCUGGAGGGUGGAACCCAAGAGACUUCUGCAGAGCGAUCCUCAGAAACAGUGCAUCAUUCGAUGUCUGAGAAAACAAGUCAGCCAGAGCCUCGGCGAGUCGAUGAACCGAUUUCUGUGCCCUAUCGUCCACCUUCACUAAAACCCGCUCUACAAACCCCUGAGAGACAACCGGAUAGACGAAAUGAGAGACAGGCUGAGCGACAAUACGAACUGCAACCCGAAAAACAGCCUGAACGACUUGUUGAACCUCAAUCUGCGCCACAGACUGAGCGUCAAGCAGCACGGACCACUGCACCACAGCAAGAACAAGGCUCUGAACACCAACCUGAGAAAUUUCCAGAUCGACGUAAUGAACGGUUCCAUCAUGUGAUCGCCGCGAAGGCCCCAGAACGAACUGCCGAGGUAGCACCAAUCCAAAUCGCUGAACGCCCUCGUGCAAUGUCCCACAGACCGGCCUAUGGACCGCCUCCAGAACCCCAGAGCCGGCCGGCAACGACUUCCGGGUCGGAUUAUGCCCCGGAACGAAUGAUUGAACCCGUGGACUCGCCCUUGCCGACACCGAUAUAUCCUCAACCUAGGCCCUUGGAGACAUCACAUUCUGUUCUUCCCUCAGGCGUUCUGCGCCACCCUCAUGCAGACUUCCAUCCAUUGACGGGGCUCGAAGACCCUGCCAGAGACUAUUGCGGAUAUAAUCCAACCCAAACGUCACCAGAGCUUGAGAAAAUACACGCUCCACAAGAGUGUCGCAUAGUUGCUGGUUUUACGCCGACCAACGUGCGAAAUCGACCUCCGUCCAGCGAUCGAGGAAGACCAACUCCACCAUCUCUAUCCCUGGACCCUUCAUCGCAGCCGCCUGAAUCCCCCCCUGCCCAACCACUGGAAGAGAUCACCCGAGAGAGUAUGGUCCUCAAGAACGACGGAAAUAUUUACACCUUUCCUGAAUGCGUUGCCGGGGUGCCAUUGGUCAAGAUUAACGAGGAACACCCCUAUUGGGACCCCGACUGGCUUAACGUCGAGACACUUAUUAAGCCACAGCUUACUCUAUGGCUUAAUCGACACCAGGCCGCUAUUGGAGCAAGCUCUAAGCGCAGUAAUCGUGACCGUGUGAGGCUUUGCCGUGCCGGCCGCUCUAUCACAAUUCUCGACUUCCACAAAAAUGGCCCAAUCAGCCCCUAUCAGUUAUUGGGUAAAAAAUACAUCGAGUGCGGUUAUGGCGGCAUAACGUCAUUCAGCACACUAUUGAGCCUUUCAGAGACAAUAUGGGAGCUCGGAAAGUUCAAACUUGACGUAUCGCCGGCUGACUGGAUGCGACAGCGACUUCACGAGCUAAUUCAAACAGAGGGUCACAAAUUCAAUCUGGCACGAGCAAUUCGCAAUUUUCAUGAUGACACCAAGCUCACCGCUCUUCGUUGUAGACAUGGAUUCAAGAACCGAGGACGUCCUUCGGGAACCAUGAAGGCGCACCUGAGUCACGGCAGCCCUAGCAAUACACCCAAACCUCUCCAAAAGCGAAAAUCUAUGCACUCUGUUCCUACUACGCCCCGGGAGGAUUCAUUCAUCCACCACUCUCCUCUUCCUAGCCAAGCACCAUCAAGCUAUCCAGCACCAGCGUCGGCCCCCGCCCCUGGUCCCCAGCCAGCAUUCAGUACCCAUCUCAACAAGAAGCCGAAAUACAUGCCGCUCACACAUGGAAGCCCCGUACAUGACGAAUUUCACUUCGAGGCUUGGUCCGACACAGAUUCAUGCAGUGGAGGUAGCAUCACGAAGUACGACUGGCGGCUUGCUGUAGUCAAGACUCGGUUGUAUACCAGCCAUAUCGGUGUCACUCAGUAUUGGACCUGGGUUGGUCAGAUACAAUGUUUUCAACACCAAGUACUCAAAGAUGUGAAACCAGCGAAAUGGGGCUUGUUUAGGGACGAGAUCGAUUUCCACGUCAACCUCGCAGAGAUUGAGGAGAUGGAAUGGAGUAUCGAAGCACUUCGUGUUCACAUCAUUAUGAAAAAGGAUGUCGGAGAGCUUGCUGUGGAUGGCAAGCCUCGAGGCGAUGUUAUGGCGUCUUUUCCAAGAGCGCGUACAAUGCGCCGCUUCCUGUUCUUCUGUCGAGAAAGGGGUAUGAAAAUGGCUAAGAGAGUACCUGAGCAACUCAAUAAUAUGUGGGAUUCUAUGGCUUCUGAGCAAUUGCCCGGUCAAGGCGAUUCCCAUCAACAGCUGGUGGAAUAA